GGGUUCUUCAGACCAUUUUGGGGUUUGUCCCUUACUGCAUAGCGUCUACUAUUUUUCUUCGACACCCUAUGCUAGUCUGUAGUAAAUUUCUGAUAAGAAAUUCAUAGAAUAUAGCCCCUUUUAGCGUACUUAUUGCACCUUUCUCACGAUUACGAGUUGAUUUUUUUCCCCAGCAUUUACCCCCUCCACUCCACUUUCUUGGGACAACAAAAAAAUAGUAUCGAUACUUCUUGGUCAUGUUUUCUUCUGAAUUUGAUCCUUUCUAAAUUUUUGAUUAUAUCCUACAGAAGCCAUGUGGAGAACUUUCAACACAUGAUGGCCCAAGAGCAGAAGGUAAGCAAUCUUAUUCAGGUACUGUUUAAAUAUAGUUGUGGUUACACUUGAUAAGUAAUUUACUUCUUAUAAAUGCUGAGGAAAUUUUUAUGGUGUCUAGGAUGUAGUUUCUGAUUAAAGAGAUUUGUUUUGUAUGCUUGCUGUUCAGCUGCUCUGUUAUAGAUUUAAAUCAUUUAACUUGAAUUAACUUUUAUUUGAAACAUUUUGACAGUGUUUUUGGUGGAGAACUUCCCUUUUCUUCAUUAGUUUUUUUAACAAUUCAUAUUUCAAUAUUUCUGACGUUUUAAAAAUGAUAAGGGAUGCUUGAGUUAUAGUUUUUGUUCACUUGAGUCUACAUGCAUGCCAAUUUGAAAACUCUGUAUUUCUGUGUCUGUGUGUGUGUGUGUGUAGUGUGGUGAGUAGUGAUGUCGGAGGACACGCACUACCCUGGGUGGUGCUGUCGUCAAAUUGCUGCUCAACUGAGUCAGGCUCUCUUCACAAUGGCUGACUUACAUGCUCAAGUGUCAGAUCUCAGAGAGGAAAACAGGCAAUUGAAAAUCAAGAUUGAAAGUAUUGAUUCCAGAAGAUUUAAAGAGGAUGUUUCUUCUGUUAAAUACUCAGAGGAUCCACUGGCGUCAAAGUCUUCUAUACCUGACCUGCUGGUUUCGAAACAGCUCGAGGGAGACUGUAAACAGACAAUCAACCUUCAGCAGACAGCUACAAAAUUAAAACCAAAUGAUGACCUUUCUCAAGACCCAGUGCAAGAUUCAUGUUCUACUGGUACAUCCCUAUUAAUGUCUGAAGUAAAACCAGAAAGAGUUGUUUUGAAUGUGCCACUAAAACAAAUUAUAAAUGAUGGAAAGUUUGAGUUAUCAGCAAGAGGAGACUAUAAGUGUGAAAAAUGUGAGAGUUCUUUUCCUAACUCUGAUCUGUUGACAAUUCAUCAAGCUGUUCACAUCGGAAGAAGCUUCCAUGUAUGCAAGGUAUGCAAUGCCAUGUUCUUACUUAAAGCUGAUCUCUCUCGACACUGGGCUACUCACCCUAACAUGAAACAACACAUCUGUCAAUUGUGUGGGAAGGCUUAUACUUCUAAAAAUAAUUAUAAGCUCCAUAUUAAAACACAUACUGGUGUAGGGUUGUUUCCUUGUGAAGUUUGUGGUAAAGCUUUUCAUUCAGAAAAUCAUCUCAAUGUGCACCGUAGAAUCCACACUGGGGAGAGACCUUAUGAGUGUCAGUUUUGUGAUAAAUCUUUCACUCAAAAAUCUGGUUUAAUCAAUCAUACACGUCUUCACACUGGUGAAAAGCCAUUUUUGUGUCCGUCAUGUCCCAAGGCUUUUACUCAAAAGUCAAACCUGAAUUUUCACCUCUCCAAGCAUCAUCCUCCGUCUGGAGAAAUUCAAUCAAAUCAAAUUGAAUCUCAAAAAUUUUCUUCAAAUUGCAUUGAAUUGAAUUGGCUUAAAAAUUAUGAGUCGAAUCAGUCCAAAUUUGAGCCCGAAUCGAAUCAUAAAUAGAAACUUGUAUUGCAUUGAAUUGAAUUGGCUUAAAAAUUUUGAGUCGAAUCAGUCCAAAUUCGAGCUCGAAUCGAAUCAUAAAUAGAAACUUGUAUUUUUCGUUCAAACGUUUCGUAGAUGGACGACAACGGUGCAACGUGGUGUGGGCGUGUGGGCACCAGACUCAAUGCAAUUCGAUGGCGAACCAACCUGAUAUUUUUUUUUUUUGAAUUAUUCAACAGCGAAUCUGACAAAUUUGAAAUCAAACAAAUUCAAAUUGGCCGAUUCGAUUCAAUAUUGAACAAUUCGCACAGCUCUAUUUACCUGUUAUCUUAAACUACUCAGUACACUUGUUUAUUGGUUGGCUGUAGUAAUAUUUGAAAUUCUAAAGACUGUUGUUUCCUUCUCAGUUUUAUAUUCUUUGUCAUGGUAAGUGUCAAGUUUGUAUUGUAAUAUGUAAUGUGCCAUACAUUGUUCUCAACUGAAGUAGUAAUGAUUAUAGCGAUCAUAUCAUAAGGAUUUUUAUAGCCUUCUUUAGAUUCUGACUGGAGCAAUAGGUCUGUCUCAGAUGCGCCUACAUUUAACUGACUAUUGUAUGAUUUACAUACUUUAAAUCAUUCAUAGUAUUCACCAAAGUGAUUAUCAUUGUGCCAUAGCUAUAUACAUACCUGAUUGUUUUUUAAAUUGUGCAUGCCCACUAGAAAUUCAUAAACUAUUUUCUCAACAACCUUAAUCAUGUGAUUUCUUUGCAGUAAAUCUCUCCAUUAAAAGGAAACAAAAUUAUACAGGUUGUUUUUAAUAUUGAUAUGUUCUAUUUCAAGAUCUUGUUGAUACAUAAAACAAAGUACAACUAAAAAAAAAUAACAGGCAUAAUCAUAAGGCUAAUUACCCAGUCAUGUGAGACACUCAUAAAAGUAAACGAGUUAACAAAUAAAUUAAUGUUUUAUUGUAUUGCAAUGUUAUCUUCCAUUAUAAGAGGAAUUUGUUUUGACUGAAAUAAGUAGAUGAAAAAAUUAAAACAUAUGGCCUCUAA